UCAAUAAUUUGAUUUCAACAAUUAACAGUACUUUAAAUUUUAAACAUACUCCUCUUUGAUAUGGGAUAAUGCAGAUUUUUACUUGAAAAUGUUGAAUUCAUCUCUACACAUCUUGUUCUCUUUUUUCUUCUUUGGGUUUUCUAAAUUUUCUGCACUUGAAAAAGGCUUAAACUUUGAUGCUUCUAACAAUACCCAUGUAAAAUUUAAUUCAAAUUUUAGCAGCUGGGUAUCAGCUGAAUUUGUGGGUAAUAAAACAAUGUUGACAGUUCUGAAAGAAGACUUCACAUUUCCUGUUGAUUCCCGCCCAUUUAAUAAUUGUCAUGCUUCUACAAUUGUUGAGGUUGAGCAAGAACAUUUUCUGGUUGCUUAUUUUGGGGGAACUGCAGAAGGAGAGCCAGAUGUGAAGAUAUGGAUGCAAAGAUAUAAGGAUAGUUCUUGGAGUGAUCCUGUUGUUGUUGAUGAACAAAAAGAUGUUCCAAUGUGGAAUCCUGUUCUUUUUAAAGCAUCCAAUCAAUUGAUACUGUUUUAUAGAGUUGGCCAAACUGUUCAGAAUUGGACUGGAUGUUUGAAGCGUUCAUUUGAUGGAGGUUACACUUGGACUAAUAGAGAACAACUUCCUCCUGGCAUUUUGGGGCCAAUAAAGAAUAAGCCUAUUUUGCUGGAUGAUGGCCGGAUGAUAUGUGGGUCUUCUGUCGAAAGCUGGAACUCUUGGGGGGCUUGGGUGGAGGUAACAUCAGAUUUAGGAAAAACUUGGAGAAAAAAUGGACCUAUUUGUAUCCCUAAUGAGGGUCUAAGUGUGAUUCAACCUGUUCCUUACCAGACGGCAAAUGGGAAUUUACGGGUUCUCUUGCGAUCUGUUAUUGGAAAAAUCUGCAUGUCUGAAUCCCUUGAUGGUGGCGAAACAUGGAGCUAUGCACAGCCGACGGAACUCUCAAAUCCUAAUUCAGGAAUUGAUGGGGUGAAGUUGAAGGAUGGUCGUUUUGUACUUGCUUACAACAUUGAAUCACGGGGAUUACUCAGAGUUGCCAUCUCGUACGACGACGGUGAUUCAUGGAUUGAUGUUUUGACACUUGAGGAUACCCCUGGCAUGGAGUUCUCUUAUCCAGCCGUCAUCCAGGCCACUGAUGGAUCAGUCCACAUCACUUACACUUACAAAAGGACACAAAUUAAGCAUGUUGUCCUUCAACUUAACGGACAAGGACAAGGAGAGGGUAAACCUUAAAGCAUUUGACAAAAUGUGGUAAGCUCAGCUUCUACCCUGCUAAAAUAGGCAUGAUGCUCCCUUAUCGCUGCAAAUACAAUCUUUCAAACAACAUGUUUUCUUGAGAUAUCUGUUACUUGUAUUGCUUCCCGAUAGCUUCAGAUCUAAUUUUUAAUCUGCUAUGAUACUUUGGUGGGAGCUACUUAAUCGCAUUGGGGCGAUGAAAUGUUGUGAUUUUGGAACAAUUUUGAACUGUGGUGUAAUCUAUUUUCCUUGACUAUUGAUGUCCAUUGUAGUCUAUAAAUGUAUUCCUCUUAUCAAUGUAUCAUAGAGUUGUGCCUUUGCUACAUGCUAGACGUUAAGCCCAAUGGCAUUGCUAGUAGGCUAUCAUAAAUUACUUUUAUAGCUUACAGUGCAACACGCAAGAUUAAAAUGGAGCAUUGUUUAUGUGACAACUUGAUGGGCUGGACUUAUUAUCAGUGUCAGCAUAUAAUGGGGGAAACACGAGGUCUAAACACUUCAUAAGCCAAGGAGAUACCAUCCCUAAACCUUAUGAAAAUGGGAGCAAUGGCUUUAAUGACUUAUAGACUGUGUUUGGAUAGAUAGAAAUGGUGGGAAAGGAAGGGAGGGAGGGAUUUGAAAUGAUAGAGGAUCUCUUGUUUGAUAGCAAAAAAGGAGGGGAGGGAUUUGGAGGGGAGGGUUUUACAGGGAAAACAUGGACAAAUUUUUUUUAAAAAAAUGGAAAGAUGUGGAAGAAAAACACUCAAUUUCAAUUUUUUUAAACAAACAAUGAACACUCUCCCUCCUUAUCCCUCUCGUUCUUUCUCUUCCCAGUCCCUUCCUUUCUUUCUCUUCUAAUAUGCUAUUCAAACAUAAUGAUAAUAAAGUGUUCAAGCCUUCUUUCACAGGAGUUUAUGUUACAUGUCCUAAGAGCGAGAAGGAGGUAGCCGAGGCUGAGAAAGAGCGAGUUGAAGUUGAAAUACCAGAUGUCUGUAACUGGUUAAGUUUCAUCGUCUAGCAUACAACGAAAAUUUUCUAGGAUGCUUUAGGAGUUCGAUUUCUUGCUUCUCUAGCAAACAUUUGUUUUCUUGUUUUUUCGAUUUGUUGUAGCUUCGCAUUUUGGCUUGUUGUCCUUAUUUUCUAACGGGCUAGUAUUUGAACUAUUAGUAUUUUCCUCUACAUUACCUCUUCCUGGAAAAAAAGAAAUAAAAAAGAUAAAAGGAGAGUGUAUAUCAACCUCAUGUAUUCUUAUAUUGGAUUAAGCUUAAUUAUUUUUGAACCUA